AUUGUUGCUGUUGCCAUGAGGACGGCAGAGCAACAGGGGAACCGGGCUGCAUCAUCGCAGCUUCCACUGGAGUUGAAGAUUUCAUAAUGGGAGGAUGAAGCUCUCCCGUUUUGAUCCGUCUGUGUGUUUCUCUCACGUUGCGGGUUUCAUCUGGAUCUAUUUUUGACACAGGAAAAAAAAGCAACACCUGAAAACAUACUAAUACAAUUUUUCUGGGUGUGAAAAUGGAGCCGUCAACAUGACAAGCCCAGACUGAAGAGACGUCUUCGUGAGUCUAUGAAGACAGAACCCUCCAUCAGCAGCAGUCUGGUUAUGAAAAACUACUUCCUGUUUGCUGAACGGCACGCCACCAGAUGUUUGAGCGGCUUGCUGUCCACCAACGCCUGUGCUGCGGAGUUCUAUACUUGUUGGCAGCCGGGGUGGCGUUUACGUCUGAAACACGCCGGCCGUGUCCACAGUCCUGCCGCUGCAACAACGAGCUGCUGGUGAACUGCUCUCAUGGGCAACUCAGCACAGUGCCUGACAAUCUCUGGAAAGAUGCUAAAAUACUAAACCUGACUCACAAUAACAUAAGAACUCUGGUGCAUCAGCAGUUCCAGACUCUAGCCCGACUUUUAGAAUUGGAUUUAAGUGACAACCUUCUGGCAAUAGUCGAAGUGGAGGCCUUUCUCGGCUUACAAAGUCUGCUAACGCUGCGUCUAGCGCGCAAUCAUCUGAAGAUUAUUCCUGUGGGAGCAUUUGCUGGUUUGCCAAACCUGCAGUUACUGGACAUAAGCAGCAAUGAGAUCCUUGUAUUCGUAGAUUUUACUUUCCGCGACCUGGCAGCCCUGCAGUGUAUCAAAGCAGCAGAUAAUGACUUAGUGUUCAUCUCUCAUCAAGCUUUCACUGGACUAACCAGUCUACACGAGCUGCACAUUGAUGGCUGCAACCUCACUGCUGUGCCGACAGAGGCGCUCACACAGCUUAGUGUGCUGAGGAGCCUUCAUUUUCACCGCCUGGGCCUCAACGCACUGCCAAACUAUUCAUUCCAUCAUCUAGUACACCUCAAGGAACUUGUCAUUUCUCAUUGCCCCUGGCUGGAGACCCUGUCGGGAAAUAGCCUCUUCGGCCUAAAUCUCACAUCCCUCACUAUUAGACACUGCAACCUCAGUGCUGUGCCCUACAUUCCUUUGCAUCAUCUUGUAUAUCUUAUAUACCUUGACCUUUCCUUUAAUCCAAUCACUUACAUCCACGGGAACCUCCUUGGAGACUUGCUGCGCCUCCAAGAGCUCCAUCUGGUUGGGGGAUCACUGUUAAGCAUCGGAAUCGGAGCAUUCAGGGGUUUAACACAUUUCAAAUUGCUGAAUGUGUCUAGAAACCUUCUCACCACACUUGAGACGGGAGCUUUUCAAUCAGUGGACGCCCUAAAAACCCUGGGACUUGACAACAACCCACUGGCUUGCGACUGCCGCUUGCUGUGGGUGGUGCAAAGACGCCAGUACCUGGAAUUUGGGGGACAUUCGCCGACUUGCACUACCUCGCUCCAGCUGGAGAGCUGGCACUUCCUGGACUUCUCUGAAGUUGAGCUACCAGGCCUGCUCACCUGUCGGCAGCCUCAAAUUCUGAACCGCAAACCUCAGGGAGUGAAAGUAGAUCAGGGACACACGGUGGUGUUUUAUUGCAAUGCAGAAGGUGAGCCUCUGCCAUAUAUAAGCUGGCUAAACCCACAGUUAAGACCUUUGUCGCCUACUGGUAGAAUACGGACACUCUCUAAUGGCUCAUUGGAGGUUCGCUACGCACAGCCUCAGGACAAUGGUACUUAUCGCUGUGUGGCAUCUAAUGCAGCAGGAAAUGACAGCCUGCACGUCAGCCUUCAUGUCCAAGCCUUUCCAUCAUCUUCCAAAAACCCUUUACGUCUUAAAGGUUGGUUUGCCCUCCCGUCUGCCUCUCCAGGUGUGAACGGAAAUCAGAAACACCCGUUUGAUGUCAAGACAUUAUUGAUAGCAGCAGCUAUUGGGUUUCUUUCAUUUUUCAGCUCUGUGAGUGUAUGUUUCAUUUUCAUGUUCUUCUGGAGUAAGAGCAAAGGGAAAAUAAAGCAUACAGCCACAAUCGCAUACGUGCCACGAAGUGCCGUGUCGAAUAGUAACGGAGGCAAAGGCAACUAUAUGGAGACAAGCAGGUUCACCAUGAAACUAAUAUGAGUCAAUAAGUAAAAUGUACAUUUUCAAUCAAAAACCUGGUAUGACCUAAUAUUAAAAUAGAAAGGCACUGACCCCAAUGUUAAUAGACAACUGAAAAAUUACAAUAAGGUGUGAAUUGUUGUAGCUUGUUAACUUGUGCAGCAAAGGAUGGCAAUUAUAAAUGUGAUACAUGAUAUAAAACAUUAUAGGUACCUUUUCUGUUGCAAAGAGAAAAUGAUAAGGUUUGCAACAAAUUGUUCUGCUUUCAGUUCCUUUCGGCAAGAUAGCUCGACUAUCACAAAGAUGGGUUGUGAAAAAAACAAAAAACACAGAGUGCACCAUUUAACAAAAAAUAAAACAAUAGAACAAUUAGGCAUUGUAUGGUAAUCAGGAGAUAAUAAGAAUAUAAUUAUACAACUCGUAUGUUAAGGUUAAUCUACACAACACUGUACAGCAUAUAAUUUUAUUCUACCUAGUUUUAUUGUAUAUAUAUUUUUGCUAGUAUUCUGACAUUACCACUGUAUAUAAUUCUUUACUGGAUGUGUGUACUGUACUUUUUUUUUUUUUAAUUCCCUAAUAAAGCAUUUCAUGUUUUCUGCCAAAACCCCCCAGCUUUCAAUAAAAUGAACGUGCUUUCAAAAA